GGUUUCAUUAUACCACUUCUACUAGGAGUUGCCUUUUUAGUGCUAGCUGAACGUAAAGUCAUGGCUUUUGUGCAACGUCGAAAGGGUCCUGAUGUAGUAGGAUUGUUCGGAUUGUUACAACCUCUAGCGGAUGGUUUCAAAUUGAUUCUCAAAGAACCUAUUUCACCAAGUAGUGCUAAUUUCUCCCUUUUUCGAAUGGCUCCAGUAGCUACAUUUACGUUAAGUCUGGUCGCUCGGGCCGUUGUACCUUUUUCUUAUGGUAUGGUAUUGUCAGAUCCGAACAUAGGGCUACUUUAUUUGUUUGCCAUAUCUUCGCUAGGUGUUUAUGGAAUUAUUAUAGCUGGUUGGUCUAGUAAUAUAGGGAGCGGCCGUUCGGUCGCCUAUGAUAGACGGACCAAUUGGUCAAAUAUGGGUUUGUGCCGCAGGUGUUGAACGAUCUACUCUACACAGGUGUGGGCUUACAGGGCAGAGGGCUCUCUAUGUAUUAUUCCCUUUCAGUAUAGGGAUGAGGGAAUUGGCUGUAAUCCACAAAUAGUUGUUUCUAUUCGCACCUCAGAUCCAGAGGAAAGAAAGGUUGCUUGUCAAGGCUGGGCUGGGGCCUAACUCUUUCUUUUGAUAGCUGUCCUUUAUAACCGGCUGUUCUUCUUUGUCAACGCUACUACUCUAGGUUCUCGCCUACUUUCCGAAUGAAAGAACAUGAGACACUUUUUCAAUGGAAAAGGCUAUACUUAGUUUCGCAAGCCUUUGUCAUUGUCAGUCAACUAAGUAAGGGCUUGACUUGAAGGACUUGUUUAUAACUCGCCUAGCAACUGUAUACUAAGCUUGGCCCCUGCGCUGUGAAUCCUUAAAUCUUCGAGCAUGCCACACUAAAUGGAUGAUACCCUCAUACUAUAAAGAAAGAAUUGGAGUACCUGAAAACCCCAUCAUGGUGAACCUCUCCUUGUGAUCGGGAUGAGGUAGAUGCCUCCCAGCAGGGGGCGGAUCGAAUCGGAGUUUCCUUAGGUAGCCACCGACCUACAGUUAUCCUUAAACUUCCGUGCUUGGUGGAGAAGAAGCUAACAAAGGUACGCUCGCUUGCUGUCUUGUUCUCUGCCACGGACUGGGAUCGCUCGCCAGCUAGGCCCUCUAGAAUCAAGUUGGAUAGCAACAAUUCCGUAUGAGAACAUAUUACCCAUCCUCGGAGACAAGGGGCGGAACGACCUCUCGAUCUACUUACUUCAGCCCUGGACGGGCGUCGUCGUCUAGGCGUUCCCUGUUGCUCUGAUCUCACAGACGCCUAGGACGUAGUCUGGGCCAAGAGCCAUAGUUAGUUGCUGUCUCCAUUUAGUUGUUCUUUCUCUAAGUUGAUACCGGCAAGACCCAGCAAGAUAAUGAUGUCUGCUGAUUGGUAGUGAGAGGACUCUUAGUACCCGCAAGAAAAAGGUUCAAAAACCAUAAUAUCGUUUCUUGCUCUCCCUUAGCAGCGGGAAAGGAGUCUAUCUAUCUGCCUAGCUUUGGUAGAAUUCCCCCAACGAAAUUCAAAAAACAGAAAUGACACGAAUCCCUGAGGUGGAUAAGUCCGACCACUCAGCAGCAGUGCGGAAUGGAGUUUCUCGUCUGGUGGAUCUUUGCUAUAGUUAAUGGGGCAAUACAUACCAAAAGGUUCAAUAA